UAAAAACGGUGAAAAAUCAAAAGAUGUGCAAAUAUAAAGCCGUCAAAAUUCAGUUUUUUACCGAUUGACGAGUCGCUGGACGCCGAUGUAUCCAAUACUACUUUACGAACUACGAAGAAAAUUAUUUUGCUUUGCGCAGGCGUAAGACAUCCAUCCACCUUUCAACGUUCUCCUCGCAUAGGCUUGCAUAGGCUUCGAGCAUUUGGUGGCGUCCAUUGCUGGACAAGCUGUUAUAGCGUAGGGAGUGUGUAGUAUCGUCAGCUGCUGUGUUGCACAGCACUUAUCACGACGCCGGGCCACCUUGGCCAGUUAUUGCGGAUUAUUCGCUUACAAUAAAUAUCGCUUGACAAAAUGUCGCAAAUGCAGCAUAGUCGCAAACGAGUCUGUUACUACUACGACAGUGACAUCGGAAAUUAUUACUAUGGGCAAGGUCAUCCCAUGAAACCGCAUCGCAUAAGGAUGACCCACAAUUUACUUUUAAAUUACGGACUUUACAGAAAAAUGGAGAUAUAUCGUCCUCACAAAGCCACAGCUGAUGAAAUGACUAAAUUUCAUAGUGAUGAGUACAUCAGAUUUUUGAGGUCAAUAAGACCAGAUAAUAUGACAGAGUACAACAAGCAAAUGCAAAGAUUCAAUGUUGGGGAAGAUUGUCCUGUUUUUGAUGGUUUAUAUGAGUUUUGUCAGUUAUCUGCUGGUGGAUCAGUAGCUGCAGCAGUUAAAUUGAAUAAACAAGCUUCUGAGAUAUGUAUCAACUGGGGUGGAGGUCUUCAUCAUGCUAAAAAGAGCGAAGCCUCUGGAUUUUGCUAUGUUAAUGACAUAGUAUUAGGAAUUUUGGAACUCCUUAAGUAUCAUCAACGUGUUUUAUAUAUAGAUAUUGAUGUACAUCAUGGAGAUGGAGUUGAAGAGGCAUUCUAUACAACUGAUCGAGUAAUGACAGUCUCUUUCCACAAGUAUGGAGAGUACUUCCCUGGCACUGGCGAUUUACGUGAUAUUGGUGCUGGUAAAGGAAAGUACUAUGCAGUUAACAUUCCUCUCAGAGAUGGAAUGGACGAUGAUAGCUAUGAAUCAAUUUUUGUACCGAUUAUUACAAAAGUCAUGGAAACUUUCCAACCAUCUGCUGUUGUUCUCCAAUGUGGAGCUGAUUCUUUGACAGGUGAUCGAUUAGGUUGCUUUAAUUUAACUGUCAAAGGCCAUGGUAAAUGUGUUGAAUUUGUAAAAAAAUACAACUUACCUUUCCUCAUGGUUGGAGGUGGUGGUUAUACCAUCAGAAAUGUAUCAAGAUGCUGGACAUAUGAAACUUCCGUGGCUUUAGGUUCAGAAAUUGCUAAUGAGCUUCCGUAUAAUGACUAUUUUGAAUAUUUUGGUCCUGACUUCAAGUUACACAUUAGUCCAUCAAACAUGGCUAAUCAAAAUACUCCUGAAUAUUUGGAAAAAAUAAAAUCAAGAUUGUUUGAAAAUCUUAGGAUGUUACCACAUGCACCUGGAGUACAAGUGCAAGCUAUUCCAGAAGAUGGAGCAAAUGUAGAAGAUAUUGAAGCUGAAGAAAAAAUCAAUCCUGAUGAAAGACUUCCACAACGUGACAUAGACAAAAGAAUACAGCAUGAAAAUGAAUUCAGUGACAGUGAAGAUGAAGGCGAUGGUGGGAGAAGAGAUAGUCGAUCUUAUAAGGGUGUUAGAAAACGACCAAGGUUAGACAAAAAUUCAGAAAAUCCUGAUGCUGAAGUAAAAAAAGAAGAUGAAUCUAAACCAGACGUUAAAACAGAAAUUGAAAAAGAUGAAAAGACGAAUACAAACAACGAUGAAAACAAAAAAGAUGGUAUGAGCAGUGCUUGAUUCUCUAUUAAAAGUAGCCGGAAUGGCUUAAAAUCGUAAUAAUUCAAAUUUCUCAAAGCUCUAUUUAAAUUCAUUUUAUGUUUUUUCUCAACUCAGAAACGAGAUUUUCCCCAUUUUUUAACACAGUUUAAAAGUAAUUGACUCUUAAAUUCAGUUAGUGAACAACCAAACUUAUGUUUUCUAUUUCAUGCAACAAGUUGAAAAUGUCUUUUGAAUGGAGUAAAAGGAAUUUUCAAACAUAUUUGGCACAACCAAAAAUCAAAUAUUCCAAUAAUGAAAGAAGAAUAUUUCAACAUUUUAUGAAUUAAUAAUCUCUGUGAUUAAAUAAAUAUAAUAUUUUUUAAUGGAUUAACUAAAAUUUCUUCUAUGAUGCCAUGAUUAAUAGUUUUCAUCUUCAGUUUUCAUUUUCCAUCUAAAUAGUUUGUUUUACAAAAAAUGUUUUGAAUCAAUUUAUGAAAUAUUCUAUUGCUUAUUAUACAAUUAAAUUAAAUUGUUGAAUUUAUCAGGUUGAAAUGAAUUUAUAAUUUGUGCUUUUUAAUUAAAACGAAUUUAUUGAGACUUUGUCUUUUUAGAAAUUAUAAUAAAUUUCUGUGUCAAUUAAGUAUAUUCAAAAAGCAGCGGGCUUCAAUUAAUUUGUCCCCUGUGAAAUUAAGUUAAUUUAUGACAUUCAUAAUUUUUUUUAUGUAAAAAUAAAUCAAGUCUUUACAACAAGAAUUUCUGUCAAGUUCAUGUUUUCAUCACAGCAUUGUUGAUACGAAUUUUUAACUGAAACUAAUAAGUUCACUGCUAGAUAGCUUUAAAAUUAAUAGUUUUUAUUAGAUUAAAUGUGAACUCCAAAAAUUGAUAAAAGCUACAAAUCAGUUUUAAAUUCGUUUCAUUUUCUUGAAAAUAAUUAUACAUACUCUUCCUAUCAUUGUAUAUAUAGUGAGCGUUUGUUUAAUGUGUAUAUUUUACUUAUGUAAAUCGAUACAAAAAUCAAAUAGAGUUUAGGACUCUAAAAAUAAGUAUCAUCAUGAGGGAACUCUUGCAAAUAUACUAUUUUGGUAUUAAAUCUAAUUUACACCUAUAAAUUAAACUAAUCCUUUGAUUGUAUUGAAAUUUUUCUGAAAAUGCAAUAGUUGUCUAAAUCUCUUGUCAUUUUAUACAUAUUUUUUUGAAUCUUCCUACAAAAUUUGAUAGUACAAUUUUUUAGGGAUCGAAUAAUUCUAGCUUUCUGCCAGACUGAAUAUUUCAAUUUUGAUUUUUAAAAAGCACUUAUUAUUUGGGCAAUGAGUGAUUCUAUUGUGUAAAUUGGAUUAGAUGUUUGUAGAAUAAGGUAGAAUUUUUUUGAAAAUUCAUGUUUAAUUUAAUUAAUGUAUGUUUUACGCAGCAACUGUAAGUUCAUAAUAUAAGGAAUAAUGUUAUAUGAAAGUAUUCAUGUCCAUUUUUAUGGUACUCAAGCAUUUUUAAUCUUUAUAAUAAAAAAAAGUAUAAUCACAAAA